UCUUAUUGCUGCUGUAGACAUUCGUUUGCGCUCUCGCACUCCUCUCGCACACCAUCUCACCCACCUCUCACCCUCAGCGAUUCACCAUGGCACCAACGCACAAGCGGCAGAUUUCCAAGGCCAAUGGCAAAGAAGUGGAUGUUGAUGUCCUCGUGAUUGGCGCUGGCCCCACGGGUCUGGGAGCUGCAAAGCGUCUGCAACAGAUUGACGGCCCAUCGUGGUUGAUUGUGGACAGCAACGAGGUUGCCGGCGGUCUCGCAUCCACCGACAUCACGCCAGAAGGCUUCCUCUACGAUGUGGGUGGCCACGUUAUCUUUUCCCACUACAAGUACUUCGACGACUGCAUCAACGAGGCGCUCCCCAAAGAGGAGGAUUGGUACACCCACCAACGUAUCUCCUAUGUCCGCUACAAGGGUCUCUGGGUGCCUUACCCAUUCCAGAACAACUUGUCGGUUCUGCCCAAGGAGGACCAAGUCAAGGCCAUGGAGGGGCUGAUCGACGCCACUGUCGAGUCAAGAGUCGCAAGCGAGAAGCCAAAGAACUUCGAUGAGUGGAUUUUGAGAACAAUGGGCUCAGGCAUUGCGGAUAUCUUCAUGAGACCAUACAACUACAAGGUGUGGGCCGUGCCCACUACCGACAUGCAAUGCGCGUGGCUCGGCGAGCGUGUCGCUGCUCCUAAUCUCAAGCUGAUCACUACCAAUGUGAUUCUGAACAAGGUGGCUGGCAACUGGGGACCUAACGCCACUUUCCGCUUCCCAGCACACGGCGGCACCGGUAACAUCUGGAUCAAGGUUGCUGAUACCAUCCCUAAAGAGAAGAAGAUCUUCGGCAAGAAUGGUGAAGUCCAGCUUGUGGAUGCCGAGAACAAGCGUGUGCUCCUCGGAGACGGCACCACUGUCAACUACCAGAAACUGAUCUCGACCAUGUCCGUGGACUACCUGGUGGAGGCCAUGAGAAAUGAGGAGCUCAUCAAGCUCAGCAAGGGCCUCUUCUACUCUUCGACCCACGUCAUUGGUGUCGGCGUGCGUGGUUCUCGCCCUGAGCGCAUUGGCGACAAGUGCUGGCUCUACUUCCCAGAGGACGACUGCCCAUUCUACCGCGCCACCAUCUUCUCCAACUACUCGCCCAACAACCAGCCCGAAGCAUCGAAGAAGCUUGCCACUCAACAGCUGGGAGAUGGCAGCAAGCCAACUGACACAUCAGAGAAGGAAGGGCCGUACUGGAGCAUCAUGUUGGAGGUGUCGGAAUCCCUCAAGAAGCCAGUGAACCAGGAAACUAUGCUCGCAGACUGCAUCAAGGGACUCAUCAACACCGAGAUGCUCAAGCCCGAUGAUGAGAUUGUUUCCACCUACCACCGCCGUUUCGAUCACGGUUACCCAACACCGUCUCUCGAGCGCGAGGGUGUCCUUACACAACUUCUGCCCAAGCUUCAAGAUCUCGACAUCUGGUCGCGCGGUCGUUUCGGCAGCUGGAGAUACGAGGUCGGCAACCAGGACCACUCCUUCAUGCUCGGAGUGGAGGCUGCCGACAGUAUCGUCAACGGUGCCGUGGAGCUUACACUCAACUAUCCCGAUUUCGUAAACACACGCCAGAACAAGGAGAGGCGACUGGUAGAUGGCGCACAGGGCUUGAAGGCCAAGAACGCACAGCAGAACAUUGUCAGCUCCAGGUAAUCAUUCUGCGGGAUGAUACAUGCGUACGCGAAGGUAUUCUAGAGGCGACAACUUUUGAUUUUUGGGGCAUGGACGAACGAGUUGGGCAGGGCAAAAUAUACCAUACAGAAAGCACGUUCUGGCCAGAGGCCGGGUUCCAAAACCUAUCCAAAUUUCAUGGCACAACAGCCGAUUUCUGUGGUUGACAAGAUCAAGUUUACGCAAUGGUAUAGGAGAGGUUAGUAGGCACUUGGUCAUCCCGACCCGACGUCGCAUGCAUCGGACCUGGCCACGUGCUGCCAUGUGAGCUUUGCUUUGCUUUGCUCUGCUUUGCUGUGCAUGGGUGGGUCACUCCGACUGACAUACACGCAGCUUCUGCAUGGAAAAAAGAGAGACCUCUCAUCCUACCUCACUCCAGACACUCACUCUCUAGUGAGAUUGCUGCCAGGCAGGCUUCAUACACCAUAUCGUUGCUUUUCUAUUUCGGAAGAAAGAUUUCCUGAAACCGUCUAUCUCCU